GAGAAGUUCCAAGGAACCGGCUGCACGUCCCAGGACGUAGUCAUGGCCCGGUCUCUCUCUCUCUCUCUCUGCCGCCGGUUCCUUCGUGUUUCAGCGGUCUCCCCUCCUUCAUAUUGUGUCAACGCUGCAGACAUGGACCCUGAGACCAGCACUCACGCAGACGGCGCAGGAGAUGAAGAGGAGCCUCUUUUCAGCAACCUGGACCUCUUCCUCUUCUCCCUCAUCGUCGGCCUGGUCGUUUAUUGGUUCAUGUCUCGCAGGAAGCCGGAGCCCAUUCCUGAGUUUAAGAAGCUUGACACACCAGCCCCCACCACACGAGAGACGAGUUUCGUUGAGAAAAUGAAGAAAACGGGAAAGAACAUCAUUGUGUUUUACGGCUCUCAGACGGGCACAGCUGAGGAAUUUGCCAACAGACUGGCCAAAGAUGCUCAGCGCUACGGCAUGAAAGGAAUGGCUGCUGAUCCAGAGGAGUACACCAUGGGGGAACUGUCUCGUUUGUCAGAGAUCGAGAACUCCCUUGCCAUAUUUUGCAUGGCCACUUACGGUGAGGGAGACCCAACAGAUAACGCCCAGGACUUCUACGACUGGCUGCAGGAGAAUGAUGAUGAAGAUCUCUCUGGGCUGAACUUCACUGUCUUUGCUUUGGGAAAUAAAACAUACGAACAUUACAACGCAAUGGGAAAAUAUGUAGACAAAAGGCUAGAAGAACUGGGAGGCAAGCGCAUCUUUGAUCUUGGUUUAGGAGAUGAUGAUGGCAACCUCGAGGAGGACUUCGUUUCCUGGAGAGAGCAGUUCUGGCCGGCAGUCUGUGAGCACUUUGGUGUGGAGGCAUCAGGAGAUGAGUCAAGCAUCCGACAGUACGAGCUGAAGGUUCACACGGACGUCAACAUGAACAAAGUCUUCACAGGAGAGAUCGGCCGGCUGAAGAGUUUUGAAGUCCAGAAGCCGCCGUAUGAUUCAAAGAACCCUUUCCUGGCCCCAGUCACUGUCAACCGCAGGCUCAACAAAGCUGGUGACCGACAUCUUAUGCACCUGGAGUUGGACAUAACGGGCUCCAAGAUCCGAUACGAGUCAGGAGACCACGUGGCUGUUUUCCCCACAAAUGACUCUGCUCUCGUGAACAAGCUGGGAGAGAUCCUUGGCGUGGACCUUGAUGUGGUUAUCUCUCUCAAUAACCUCGAUGAGGAGUCCAACAAGAAACAUCCGUUCCCCUGCCCAACCACGUACCGCACGGCGCUCACACACUACCUGGACAUCACUAACCCCCCUCGCACYAACGUCCUGUACGAGCUGGCUCAGUACGCCUCUGACCCGAAAGACCAGGAGAACAUGAGGAAGAUGGCGUCCUCCUCCCCCGAAGGCAAAUCUCUCUACCAGAGUUGGGUGCUGGACUCCUGCAGGAACAUCCUCGCCAUCUUGGAGGAUAUGCCAUCUCUGAAGCCCCCCGUCGAUCACCUGUGUGAGCUGCUGCCUCGUCUCCAGGCUCGCUACUAUUCCAUCGCUUCCUCCUCUAAAGUCCACCCCAACAGCAUCCACAUCUGUGCUGUGGUGGUGGAGUACAAGACCAAGACGGGCCGCAUCAAUAAAGGCGUUGCCACCAACUGGCUGAAGAACAAACUCGUCAACGGCCACAAGUCAACCGUGCCCAUGUUCAUCCGCAAGUCUCAGUUCCGCCUGCCGUUCAAAGCCUCCAACCCGGUGGUCAUGGUCGGCCCCGGGACUGGAAUCGCUCCCUUCAUGGGCUUCAUCCAGGAGAGAGGCUGGCUCAAACAGCAAGGGAAGGAGGUUGGAGAGACGGUGUUGUAUUACGGUUGCCGAUACAAAAAUGAGGAUUAUCUUUACCAGGAAGAGCUGGAGGAGGCAGAGAAGGACAGCGUCUUAACACAACUUAAUGUUGCUUUCUCCAGAGACCAGGAGCACAAGGUGUACGUACAGCAUCUCCUGAAGAAAAACAAAGACCACCUCUGGAAGCUGAUUCAUUCAGACAACGCUCACAUCUACAUCUGCGGUGAUGCAAGAAACAUGGCUAAAGACGUGCAGGCAGCUUUCUGCGACAUCGCAGAGGAAGUUGGAGGCAUGACCCACACCCAGGCCACUGAUUACGUUAAGAAACUGAUGACCAAAGGACGCUACUCACAAGACGUGUGGAGUUAAAGAGUCCCAGUCAGACCCAGCCUCACUGCUAAAGUGGUGAUCAUUUUAAUAUCCUGUUUUUUUUUUAACAGCUGUUUUGUCUUGGUCUGAUCUAUAAAAACAAACUUUUGUUCAGACUCUCCUGGUUCAUGAGGGCUACGGGGAGCAGAAGAUCAUGAAGCAAAUUUUACCUUGGCUUUUUUUUUUUUUUGUCAUUUCUCAAAUUUCAGAUCUGUAUGUUUUGCGAUCAUGUUUCCAGACCACCAGGAUCCUCAGCUGAGCUGUUGGAUCAGGGCCGGCAGCGGCCAGCCUCUCUGAGUCUCUGAUAUAAAUAAUUCAAUAAGGGGUGUUGGACUGUAACUCUAAGAGCUUGCAGGUUUUAAAGAAGAGUCCCACUGGUUUGAAAUUUAUUGAGAAAGUGAAUGCAGAAAGAGGUCGUCUCUAUUUCAGGUCUAUUUUUGAUCAAAUUGUUCUCAUGACAUCCGGUUGGUAUUAAGAGAUUCAGGAGUUUCGUCAGAAAGACUUUCUUUCCCACACAUCAGUGCAGACUUUAGUUUCUCUCCGAGCUUGUUUAGUAGUGCUCUCAAAAGCACUUUAAAACAUAAACAGUUUUUACCUUUUUAAUUAAGAUUAUGAUAAUCAUGCUUUGUACCAGCAGCUUAAAGGGAGAUGAUCACAUUAAAAAGCAUGAGAGUGUGCAUUUUAGAGCCUAUGUUUGGCCUGCCUUUAAAGAAAAAACAUCUGUCGGGACCCUGUGUUUGUCAAACAGUAAAACACUUUAAACAAGGUGUGGUCUCUGAAACAUCUAUUUUUAUUUGUCUGACAGCAGAGGAACUUGUAUUUUAGUCUCAUAUCAUGACCACAUCUGUUUUAUUCCUGUAAUUUCUUUUGUUUUGUCAAAAAACAUUUUGUAGAAAAAAUACCCAGAUGUUCUGUGUUUUCUAGCGUCUGUCUCCUCUUGAGUUUUUUGGGGGGAGUUAACCAGCUGAAGUGCAGCCUGUGCCUUUUUWAAUACUGCCUUAUGUAUAAAGCAUCAGAAACUACAACAGUUCACCAUUUCUUUAAUGCUUACAUUUACAUAGAAAACUAAAUUCUUCUGAGACACUUUACCUGA